AUGGCGGAGCUGUCAUUCGCAAAAACCUUCCUGUCGCAACUCGACUCAAAGCCUGUUAAACUCCCCGCCAACCAUGUAUCAGAUCUCCGAACAUUCCAGCCACGACAACCUUUUACCCUCCCGCGGCUCUCUGACUCUCUCCACCCACCACUCCCUAAAAAGAUCAAACCCUCCGCUAUUCCCGGUUCCUCCAAGUCGAUUACUAUCCAUCUAAAGUCUGCUCGCAGCCCUGCUCUAGAGAUAACUUUGGACAACAUAUCUCUAUCCAGCGCAACGAUUCAGGAUCUGAGAGAUGCAGUUCAAGCGCGAAUUAAACCUGCAAAUGCAGCGAACGAGUCUGAGCAGGUAUCGCUAGAUAAAAUCAAGAUAUUGUGGAAACGAAAGCCCGUGCAAGGGAAAUUGGUCACCGAUGUUUUGGCCAAUGAACCUGACGUAUUGAAAGGCGGGAAAGAGGUCGAAUUUGGUGUUAUGAUAUUAGGGGGAGCAGUUGUAGUACCACCACGCGAGCCCCCUGCUCCAGCGCCUGUCACUGCAAUCCCCACCAAAGCAGGUCAGACUGAGUCGCCUAGCGUGCAGGAAGUUGUGAAUAGCUCAGAUGAUGCUCCAUCGUCACCUUCUACUACAGAUAAUGUGGAUAUAUUGCACUCCGCGGCCUUUUGGAAGGACGUGGAGAGCUUUCUGGAGACGAAGCUUAAAGGUGAUGGCGAGGCAACACGAGUAGCAUCUCUAUUUAAGAAAGGUUGGGAAUCGAGCUUAUAA